CUCCUGAGGCCGCCACUGGGUCUCUCCUGAGUAGCCUCUGAUCAGUCUCUCAGCAUGAACUGCAUAUCAGAUUUCUUCACCUACGAAACCACCAAGUCAGUGGUUGUGAAGAGCUGGACCAUUGGGAUCAUCAACCGAGCAGUUCAGCUUCUGAUCAUCUCCUACUUUGUAGGGUGGGUUUUCUUGCAUGAGAAGGCAUACCAGGUGCGGGACACAGCCAUUGAGUCCUCGGUGGUAACCAAGGUGAAGGGCUUUGGACACUAUGCCAACAGAGUCAUGGACGUGUCUGACUAUGUGACCCCACCCCAGGGCACCUCUGUCUUUGUCAUCAUCACCAAGAUGAUUGUUACGGAAAACCAGAUGCAAGGAUUCUGCCCAGAGAGCGAGGAGAAGUACCGCUGUGUGUCAGACAGCCAGUGCAGGCCCGAGCGCUUCCCGGGUGGGGGGAUCCUCACUGGCCGCUGCGUGAACUACAGCUCUGUGCUCCGGACCUGUGAGAUCCGGGGCUGGUGCCCUGCCGAGGUGGACACGGUGGAAAUGCCCGUCAUGAUGGAGGCUGAGAACUUCACUAUUUUCAUCAAGAACAGCAUCCGUUUCCCCCUCUUCAACUUUGAGAAGGGAAACCUCCUUCCCAACCUGACAGCCGCCGACAUGAAGACAUGCCGCUUCCACCCUGACAAGGCCCCCUUCUGCCCCAUCUUGCGGGUGGGGGAUGUGGUCAAAUUCGCGGGGCAGGAUUUUGCGAAACUGGCCAGCACGGGCGGAGUUCUAGGCAUUAAGAUCGGCUGGGUGUGCGACUUGGACAAGGCCUGGGAGCAGUGCAUCCCCAAGUACUCCUUCACCCGACUUGACGGUGUUUCUGAGAAGAGCAGCAUCUCCCCAGGCUACAACUUCAGGUUUGCCAAGUACUACAAGACGGAGGAUGGCAGUGAGUACCGCACGCUCCUGAAGGCUUUUGGCAUCCGCUUCGAUGUGCUGGUGUACGGGAAUGCUGGCAAGUUCAACAUCAUUCCCACCAUCAUCAGCUCCGUGGCAGCCUUCACCUCUGUAGGAGUGGGGACUGUCCUCUGCGACAUCAUCCUGCUCAACUUCCUCAAGGGGGCCGACCAGUACAAAGCCAAGAAGUUUGAGGAGGUGAAUGAGACAAUGCUGAAGGUCGCUGCCUCGGCCAACCCAGUGUUCCCCAGUGACCAGACCACGGAGGAGAAGCAGUCCACAGAUUCGGGGGCCUACUCCAUCGGCCACUAGGGCCUCUUCCCAGGGCCUCAUGCUCACCCUUGGGCUCCAGGCUUCCCAGUAGGACACCCUACCUGGGCAAGGGGGGAUGGGAGAGGAGAGGGGCUCUCAUUUCUGCUGCUCAUCCCG